AUGGACGCCGACGCGACCACGGAGGCGCCGACGCCAGACGAGCGUAAGCCAUUGUGCCUUGAAGCGAGCGACGACGUGGCCAUGGAGGUGCUAACCGAUGUCAUCGACCACGUUGGCGUCAUCUCUCGUGCAACGGCGCUCACCGCGGCAGUUCUCCGCCGUGUGAGCCAGCGCCUUGUGCAAGAGGUGUUUGACAUUCAAGCCAUGAUCGCCAUCGCAAGCUCAGCAAGCUUUGAUGCGUGUGCCGACGGACCAGCGUCCACGAUAGUUCACGCGGCGACCGAUACCGCGCCAUUGGUCCAUGCCAUUCAGCGAACGCUCUCCUACUGCCAGCAGAACCCGACAAGUGUCCAGAAGAUCGUCGCCACCGUGAGCAUCGACGGUGACGGGCACGUCUGCGGCGAUGUCGAGUUUGCGUCCGUGCUCGGGUCGCUCCCGCUCUUCUUGACACCAGUCGAGGUGCAAUUCAUGGCCGCGCACGCCCAUGGGCAGUCGAUCACGGCGCCGGAAUUGGCCAAAGUCUGCGCCAAAGCACUCAAGGCAGCCGAGAAACAGGUCAAAAGCUCCGUGCGCGCGAGCAGCUCCGUCGCCUUUGCGUGCCCCGUCGAGCCAAAGAGCUACCCCAUGGACGUGCACACGCCGCAUGAAGUGCCCGCCCGCCCGCAGCCGCCGCCCGUGUCGCCCGACAACAACAAACAGUCGACGGUCCGCGGCACGUUUGUAGGUCGUGGCGGCCGCAUCGCGAUCGCUGCCGGGAUCGUCUCCAACAAGCUGACGUUGGACGACGUCGAGAUCAAGCUCGACGCAACGCGGGACGACCGCGCCUCGGACAGCACGACGUUUUCCAAUAUUUUCUCGCUCGGCACACCGCGGCAGCUGUCGCCACGAGAGCUCGCGCGCCGACGGGACAUUCUCGCGUACCUCGAGGGCAUCGAAGCGACGCGCCAGCACGACGAGCUCGUGGCCAAGCGCAAGAAGGCGCUCCUCGAACGGCCUCACCACGACGGCGACGGCGGCCACAUCUCGACGGCGGCCGCGCCAUUGCCGAAUCUGCCGCUGCAUUUGACACUCAAUCUCCCGUUCAACAUUGCAACACCCGACGCUGCGCCGCCCGAGGUCCACCGGUCGCCGUCGAUCAAACCGUCGCCAAAGCACCGGCGUCCGUCCCAGGUGGCCGGGCGUGCCGACGUCGCAGAGCCGUCUGUCGAGAAGCCAGCGGCGGUCGAGCCGCUGCCGCUGUUUCACUUGCCGCAGAUCGAAACGGGGCGCAUCGAAGUUGGCGUCAAGGUCGUGUACCCAGGAGAGGUGUCAAGCACGGCAGCAAGCGAAUACCGAGUCGCCACUCGCGCCUCAAAGCCCACAACUACAACGUAA